ACAAAAACAGACGCAGCUCUACUACUUGACUGCCAAUAUUCAACCGCACGCGCAACUUUGCGGUCGCGACAAUUACAUUAAAUAUUUCGCUUAUUAUUUUAUAGAAGAUAGACGGAGAGAGAUUUUUCGCAUAAGACGAACGAAAAAAACAUUUUUGGUUUUCGCGUAGUAUGUUAAAAACAAAUGCACAGUACAUUGGCAAACGAUAAUCAAAAUGACGUUACGGGUCGAAGUGCCCGAAAAAAUUUCGAAUAUAGAUUCAAUCAAAUCGUAUGAGAAAGAAAUAAAUAAACCUGAAAAAAAAAUCAGUGGCAGAUUGAAGGAGUUUAUUAAAAAAACAUGGGCUCUGAAAUCGAAAGUGACAGUGGAACCGUACGUUAUAUGUUAUGUGCUACCGAGUGUGUUAGCGGGAUUAGCAGUACAGAAUUUGUGUUUAGAAAAAUCAUGCCUAGUAAAUUUGAAAUACGACGAACAGACCUGCAGACAUAUAAUGCAAGGUCGCACACACAAUUAUACAGAGCAAGAGAAGAACGUUCAGAAGAUGGUAGCGGGAAUGACUGCAUGGAGCUUCCCUUUACAGACAGCCCUGCCUGGAAUAUUAACUCUUUUUUUGGGUGCCUGGAGCGAUCGGACUGGCAACAGAAAGAACUUCAUGGUGCUCCCCAUAUUAGGGAAAUUAAUAUCAGUUUUUGGCAUAAUCCUGAGCACAGUAUUUUUUCUUCAGGUUGGAUUAAACGAAACGGCUUUGAUCGAGGGCCUCCCUCCAGCAUUGGCCGGUGGUCGUGUUUCUAUGACAAUGGCGGUAUACAGUUAUGUCACAGAUAUCACAAGUGAUUCUGAACGGACUUUCCGUUUAGGGAUUAUUACAGCUAUAUUGACACUCAGUAGGCCAAUUGGUCUUGCUCUUAGUGGAAUUAUGACAAAUCGUUUCGGUUAUUACGGUGUUUUUACUGUAGCGUGUAUAUUCUACUUGACUGGCUUUGUGUACAUUGUUCUGAGACUCAAGGAAAAGAAGAAGAAGAAAAUCGAAAACGAAAAGCCCGAAACGGUGUUCUCCAUGUUUUCGGCGAAGGAUUUCGCGGCAACUGUGAAUGUAGCUUUCAAACCCCGUGAAGGUUCACGGCGUUUGCAAAUCAUAUUGGUUAUGAUUGCAUACAUGUUCAUCGUGGGACCUGUGUUAGGUGAGGCGCAGAUGACGUACUGGUUCACUCGCUACAAGUUCAAAUUCACCGAAGUGGACUACAGCUUAUUCCUCACAUACUCCGUCCUUGUUGGCUCUAUAGGUUCCUUCAUAACGAUAUACUUGUUAAGCAAGAGAUGGAAAAUAGAAGACAGUAUUAUCGGUAUAGUGGCUUGCAUCAGCAGAGUAGCAGCUAGUGUUGUCUACGCAUUGGCGCCCAGCAGAACUGUGUACUUCUUAGGCCCUGUUCUGGACAUGUUCAGUUCAGCCGGUGCCACAUCGCUGCGGUCCAUCGCAUCAAAACUCGUGAAAGCUGAUGAAGUUGGUAAAACGAGCUCUCUAAUCAGUAUAUCAGAGGCUUUAGUACCUGUGAUCUACUCACCCGUCUACAGUAAGGUUUACCUCAGUACGUUGUCGACGUUCUCAGGCGCCUUCUACCUCAUAAGCGCCGCUUUAGCUGUUCCUGCCAUACUUAUAUAUUUAACCUUGUACAUUUUACGAAGAAAAGAGAUUCUGGAGAGCCAGUCCGCCGAUAGCAAGUCCAAGGAGAAUGAAGUUACGCGUUUUUAGUGUAUUAUUGUUUAAUGUUUAGCUUAAGGCCUAUUAUGUACCUACCACAAAAUCUCAAUAAAUUUAAGAUUUGUAUUCAAUA